AUGAGCAGCCAUUGGCAGAAGCCUUAUCGUCUCUUUGCCAGAUGCGUACGCGGUCUUGAGGGAGCCUUGUCAAGUGAGCUCGAGUCGCUGGGCUUUCCCAGGCACUGCCUGAUAAAGGGUCGGUCCGGCGUGACCGUAGAGGAAGGCUCGUUGCGCAGGCUUUACUACUUGUCAUAUUUCUCGAGGUUGUGCAAUGGAGUCUUUGUUGAGGCCGCAUCAUUUCCGUUGAGGGACAAGGCUGCCUUCACCGACAGUUGCGCCGACAUAACGUGGCCUGCAUUCAUCCGCUCCAACGGCUCAUUCUUGGUGGAAUCGCGUGUGUCAGAAGGAAGUGGGUUCAUCCAUUGCGGCAGAUACGCCUCGCAAUUGGUCAAGGAUGGCGUGUCGCAUCACUUCGGCCGCAGCCUGGGGAUGCCAACUCCGUCGGUAUCGUUCAGCGACCCGGACGUCAAAGUGUUACUCCAUGUCGGUGGAGGAGAAGCUAGGGUUCUAGUUGACGCCGUCGGUGGUGCCACAUCAGCCCGCAGAUACCGUUACAAGCCUGCCAUCAGCGACAUCGACCCUACGGUGGCCGUGGCGCUUCUGCAUGACAUCGGUUUCGCAUCCCUCCAUACUAGCCAUUCCGACCUGAAUGAAUACGAACGCUUAUGUACAGGUAUGAGUGAAGAUGGGAUUGCAUCUGUGCGUGGAAAUGAACACCAAAUGGACGCAGCCUCUCCAUGCCAUCCAGCGGCAACAAAACUACGGUCACCAGAGUGUCCCCUCGCCGAUGGGAGCAAUAUCGCAUCUCAAAGCUCCGAUCCUUGUACAGGAUUUACAAAACUUCACAGUCCGAGCAACAGUGCUUCUGAUAAAACUAUAGCUCCCACUGAUGGCAGUGUGGUCGACUUGUUCUGCGGCUGUGGUACAGUUCUGAUCGAGGCGGCCAUGAUGGCAGCACGUAUAGCGCCAGGGUCACUUUGGUCAAGCUUCGCGUUUCAAAAAUUCGGUAUAUACGAUGAUGUGUCGUUUAGGCGCCUGCAAAGAUAUGCAGCCGGGACCACCUUGCCCAAGGACUCCGAAGCUUACCAGUCGCUACUCGGUAGCUUUGUGGGCAUAGAAUCCUGCUGGGAAAAGGUCGAAGCGUGCCUCUACUCCGCAGAGCGGGCCGGAGUGCUCGACCUACUCCGUGUCACGCAGAGCGACUAUUUGAAGGACGGUUUGUAUACUUCCCACCGUAGCCGCAGAAACGGCGAGCGGUGGCGGUACCUCAUAGCGCAGCUUCCGCGUCUCAAGUGCAAGUUCAACGACGUACCUGACCAUGAUGGAGGCAUCUCAGUCGAUAGCACAUGUAACAGGAAGAGCGCCAGUGGUGUAAACUCGUUGCCACCGGCGGCGGACCGCCAUACGAAACAUACACGGCCCACCCAAAAUAGAAAGGCGCAACGGAGCUCUUCAGCCGUCUCUGCACUAGAUCCGCUUCGCUACUACAAGCUGGUGCACAACAUAUCUAAAUUCAGGCAGCGGUUCUUUGAGGAUGACGCUAAGUGCGUGCUGGUAGCACCAUCCUUGUUGCAACUGCCAGACCUGGAGGCCGCAUACGGCGGUCCGCUGCGUGGUGGCCGGGCGUUCGUAAAGUCAGGAGUGCCAUCAAUGGCCUACCAUAGCCAUCAGAAGGAUGACCCUAACAAGUGGUUUUAA